GAGCGAGAGACGUUGAAAAGGUAGCAGUCGCGCUGCAUCCUGGGUACAUAACUCCAUGGUGAUGCAGUGAGCCUGUUGUGUAGACUGGAAACCAAAGUAAAGUAAACGGGGGAGGGUCGGCUACUGGGGGGGCUUCCAGCGAGUUACAAUGCGUCUUUCACGGUGUUGAACGGUCUCGGUGAACGAUGAGCCAACUUCGCCGGUCGCCUCGACGCGGAAUGAGCCACUCUUGAGCCCCGAAAACGAGUCGUUGUUGGCGGGGGGGAGAGAGCGAGAAUGCCGAAGCCGAGCGCCCUGCUCCCUGUUGUCGGCUUGACUGGGAAAUGGUAGCGUACUGUGGGACCCGCACUUGGAAGGAACAUGGUCGAGAGGAGCAGCAAAUUCUUGUUGAUCGUCGUCGGAUCCGUGUGUUUUAUGCUGAUUCUCUAUCAGUACGUGGCUCCCGGGGUGAUCAAUUUCGGCUCCCCGCACGGUUAUUUCACGGAGGAAGACGAGGGGGACAUCUUCCCCACUCCGGACCCCCACUACGUUAAGAAAUACUACUUCCCCGUGAGGGACCUGGAGAGGACGAUUGAUUUCCAAAUCAAAGGGGAGGACGUGAUAGUGUUUUUGCACAUCCAGAAGACCGGGGGGACUACCUUCGGCCGGCACCUGGUCCAGAAUGUCCGUCUGGAGGUCCCCUGCGACUGCAGACCGGGCCAGAAGAAGUGUACCUGCUACCGGCCGAACCGCAAGGAGACCUGGCUCUUCUCCCGGUUCUCCACCGGCUGGAGCUGCGGCUUGCACGCCGACUGGACCGAGCUCACCAACUGUGUGCCGGGGGUCCUCAACAAGAAGGAGAACAAGCAGAAGAAUCAGAGGAAGUUCUACUACAUCACCCUGCUGAGGGACCCGGUGUCUCGAUACCUCAGCGAGUGGCGGCACGUGCAGCGGGGAGCCACGUGGAAAACCUCCCUGCACAUGUGCGAUGGACGGACCCCAACGCCCGAGGAGCUGCCCUCCUGCUACGAGGGCUCUGACUGGUCGGGGUGCACCCUGCAGCAGUUCAUGGACUGUCCUUACAACCUGGCCAACAACAGACAGGUUCGUAUGUUGGCAGACCUGAGCCUCGUUGGCUGCUACAACAUGUCCACGGUUCCAGAGAAGAAGAGGGCCCAGCUCCUCCUGGAGUCGGCCAAGAAGAACCUACGAGACAUGGCCUUCUUUGGUCUGACGGAGUACCAGAGGAAAACCCAGUUCCUGUUUGAGCGAACCUUCAGGUUGCGCUUCAUCAGACCUUUCAUGCAGUACAACAGCACCCGAGCUGCAGGGGUGGACCUGGACAAUGCUACGGUCCAGCGCAUUGAGGAGCUGAACGAGCUGGACAUGGAGCUGUACGACUACGCCAGGGACCUGUUCCAGCAGCGCUACCAGUACACCAGGCAGCAGGAGAGGCGGCAGCAGCGCAUCAAGAACCACAUGCAGCAGAGCCACCAGGGCCUGGGCCUGGGCGUCAGCCUGUGGCCGUCCCACGGGCGGCAGAGCUCGGUGUCGACACUGGAGGACGGAGAGGGGGAGCGGGAGGAGCGCGAGGAGGGCGAGGAGGGCGGCAGAACGGAGGAGGCGGGCAGCAGGCUCCCUACUGAGGACUACAUGAACCAGAUCAUCAAUCGCUGGUAGCAGCAGAACGAGAACAAACACACAGACACGCAUAUGUAAUGUGAAACACACACACACACACAUACACGUACACACACAUACACACACAUACACAAAAAGUGGCGCCUGCAUCAAAGACCCAAAUGACUGACAAACAGACUUUACUGAGGAGUUGGGCUGCGGGAAUGAGAGUCGCAGUGGUUGCUAUGGAGACCUGGGCUUGGUCGAUUGCAUCAGCUCACAUUAUUGAGGUUUGCCCAGUUGUUAUUAGCACCCGCUUGCCCUCCCCCCCCUCUGAGUUUCUCUGUCUCUCCUAUCAUCAUUACUGACUGAGCAGAGAAGAGAUAUUUUUAAGAGUUGCUGACAACUGAGUAUCUCAUCCAUCUCUCCCUCCUCCUCAUCCUCCUCCUCCUCCUGUAUUCCUCUUGUUCUCUGUGGCCUAAUAUGGAGCAUGAGAAAAUAAAAUUAAGUCUGUGAAUUCCCACUAACUCUCGCUAAAGGACCAGUCUACUUCCCGGAUGCUCCGAUUUCAAAGGGACUGGGGAAGCUAUAAAAGUAUGCUAAUGGCUGAGCUGAACAAAGAAAUCGGUGGGAGUACAUGAGAGAGACUGAACCUGAAAGGAGAGAAAGAAGCGAAGAAAAAGUUGGACUGAGUUGUGUAAUAAAGCUUUCUGCUUCAAAAAAAAAAAAAAAAUCAGCCAUCUCACCCAUGAACACGCUUUGGUCAUGAAAUAAUGACUCAUUCUCAUUUUAGGAUGAUUUCAUUUGUAUUUUUCCUUUUUUUUUUGUUUAUGCUUUUUUUUAAAGCAGAAUUGUAAUAACACUGAGACCAAUAUUGCUGCCUAAAGAAAAGUGAUUCCUUUAUUUCUUUAUUUUUAUCGGUUUUAUAAGUCAAAGCUAACGGAUCGGAUUGAUGUACAAUGGACCAUAGCCAUUACUGAAGCCUUGCAUUUUUGGGAGGGGGAGGGGUAAAAAAAAAAAAGUGGCCUAUUUCUCUGUUAAAGGUUCCCAAAGUUCCUGUUGCUUUAACGAGUUCAUUAUUUCUCCUUUCCUCUCCGUAUUUGUGUGUGUGUGUGUCUCAGUCCUGCGGAGAAUGACAGCCAAUUACAGAGUCGAAUCUCACAUAGGUGUGAAGAAAUCAAAGGCAGGCAGAGGAGAGAGAGGAGUGUGUCUGCCGCAGGUUGUUGCCAGGAACCGCGCUGUGUGAGCGGCAAGCGCUUUGGAAACCUUAACUCAGACAAAUGCUCGAGAUGGGAGUUGUGGAACUACUGGUCACCAUGGCAAUGUGAGCCCUUAAUGCAGUGGGUGGCAUUUUCAAAAAAAUUUUUUUCUUUCUUCUUCUUUCUUUUCUUUGACCUAGCGCUGUCUUGUAAAAGCGGCGGUCUCAAACAAGCCGCCUUCCCACCUGCUGAAAGGGCGCACACGGCGGCGGUGACCUGCGGUUCAUUAGUGUAACCGGUAUUUUACUGGGUUUUACCCUGAGGAACACACGGGGCGAGGUAGCAGUGCCUCUAUGUACUGGGAUCAUACUCAACAUAAUUAUUGCCAGAUAUUAUUAUGUCUGCAUUAUACUACAGUAAUUUCUCUGACUACUCGUGUGUCUGCGUGGAUGAGUGUGUUUCUGUGUGUGUGUGUGUGUGUGUGUGUGUGGGUGUGUGUGUAAAUAGUAUGUACAGUAUGCCUCUGAUUGGCGUAUGUGUAUGCCUUUGUAAAUAGUGUGUGUGACUGAGAGAGGAUGCCUGGUGAGUUUUGUGAAUGACUGGUUCCAUGACCAAUUACCUUGCCAUUUUUUGUUUAUUUGUUUUGUUUGUUUGUUUGUUUUGUUUGUUUGUUUUGGGGUGGUGGUGGAGGGGCGGGGCAAUAGAGUCCCUCCAACAGCAGUCGUGGUGAUGCAAGCCAAUAAUACUCCCCUCCUUUGCCCUUCGACAUUUUCCUUUCCCCCUUUUCUUAACGUAGUUACUCAUCAGGACUGUAUCACUAUAAUAGUCUAAAAUCCUAAUUUAUAUUUUUAAAAAUCUGCCCGUGUGACACGUCUUUACCUAAGGUUGGGUUACAACAGCCAUCUCUACCAGUGACACCAAAUUUUUUGCCCCAAGCAGGAAUUUUAACCCCUGUAUUUUUAAUUUGUCGUGUGCUUGUGGUUCAAGCUUUUUCAUACGAUAGGGUACAGAAUUUGGUGGUUCUGGUUCUCGUUUGGCAUAAUAUCCGCUCUGAUCCAGAUGAAUCUCUUACUGAAAACUCUCCUCCUGCACUGGAGAAAAAAAAAUAUAUGUAGCUUUCACCUGUUUAACCAAUAAACAUCACCGUAAGUAGACCCAUUUGUGCUCCCAGCACUCGGUACGUUAUUCCAUGAUUCGGUAGCUGUCCCUAUGCAAACCGUCAACGCAGCCACAUUUUCCUCAAACACCGUGUCCGAACUGAACGCAACACAAGCGUCAGUGACAAAAUAAGUUUGAUUGCAUUGUUUUCUACUUGAAUGUCUUAAUUUACCGACCACAAGCGACGCAGCUGAUUAUUCCUGACGCUUGUUUUGAAAGAGACGCAAUGGACGAGGAACGGCUGAUUUGAAAGUAGACCCACUCUUAAUGAGAGCUGCAAGAACAAAUCGAUUAGUUGUCAACUAAUAAAGUAAUCGCCAAAUAAUUUGGUAAUUGGGUUGCUUAAUCAGGUUGCGUAAUUCUUUAUGACAGUAAACUGAACAUCUUUGGGUUGUGGUUAAAACAAGACAUCUUCGGCUUUGGCAAACCCUAAUCGACAUUUGUCACCAUUUUCUGACAUUUUAAAGACCCAAUAACUAAUUGAUUAAUCAAGAAAAUAACUGACAAUGAAUAUAAUCAUUAGCAGCCCUGUUUGUGAUUGUAGCACUCAGUCUCAGUGUUCCCCACGCAGACCUCAGAGAUAAAUCAAGGCUAUUUUCUUUACUAGUUAUCCAGCAACUGGUUGAAUCAUCAGAGAGAAUUUUGUGACCCCACAGUCACAAAUUUAACCUUUACAUCCUGCUUUUCCAUAGAAGGCAAUGGCUACGUACUGGCAUGACCUGGGGUCUGAUUUAUAAACACUGCGCACACACAAAACAAGUUCCGAAAGAGGCGUACGCUACUUCCCACACAAAAGUUGUUGGAUAUCUAAAGCAGACUUGAUGGGAGGAACCUUGACCCAUGAGACAGGGAAUUGGCGAUGAAGAUGGUGAGGUGGAAGCCUAAUUGUCGAAAUUGCUGGAUUUUUUUUGGCUCCUGCCGUUUUCGCUUUUGUCGGUAUGUACAUUUUCAGCAUGGAUCCCACGCACUGCUUUAUAAAUGAGACCCCAGAGCAGCUGACUUAGCGUAGUACAUUCCAGCAUUGAGAAAGUCUGUGGAAAUUUCAGGUUUAAACACUGGUUUCACCCCGGGUAAACAUUUUAUCAGUCCGAAAAUAACUUCAGAGUCGCAACCUCCCACUGGAUAACUUGGAAUGAAAAACCUUCUGACUUUUACCCUUAGAGUUACAUAUGGAAUAUGAUGUGAAUAAAUCUCAAAGUGUUUAGUUUUCGAAAUAUAGAUCAUACCUGCUGUAUCCGACAAAUAUUAAUUCCUUAACGGCUAAAAUGAAACUUUGACGGUGUCUGUAAUCGGCCAGAGAUGGUUCGUUGGGGAAUAGAAGCACAACUCGUGUGAACUUGUGGUUCAGCAAAACCAGCAGUGGUCACUCUUAACUGGAAAAUCUAGCUGAUUGAAUCAUGUUAAUUUUAACCUUUUCAUAUUAAUAAUUCAAGAUGAUCAUGUUAACAGUUCUGCAUCAGGACUUGCGAAACAAAAGGAAACAUAAGUAAGCUACGCAUGUUAUUCCAGUGUGUUGAAUACGUCAUCAACAUGUUAUUUAGUAUCCUCUUCAUCUGAUUUUAAGGUUGUAAAGAGUUUCUGCCACCAAAAAGUCACAAUAGAUCUUUGAGUUAAUUAUAACUAAAGCUGAUGAGGUUCAAUAAGAGAUUCAAAAAGGAUUCAGACGACUCAUAUCUUUCAUGAAAUGUUCUUGAACCCCAACUCUGUCUACAAGCAAUAAGAGGGAAGACCAGUGAGGCCGUGGAGAGGAGAAUGUAAAAGUGUGAAAAAGACAUGUCACAACAUGAUUUAAUUAAAGUGAAUGUAGUCUAAGUUUGGUCUCAUCCGGUGAGGGGGGGGGGGGCAACAGGAGGACGCAUGCUUCCUUGAUAUAAGAUAAAUAACAUGUUGCAUCGUGUUAACAAUAGAUUUUUUUCUUUUAAACGUCUGAAGGCAAGAGAAACCAACAAUUAAGCCGCCCACCACCCUCCUUGUUAAAUUUCAACUAAUCACCCUGGAUCCUUCUGUGUCUCUCCUUUUGAUCAGCUCCUUUUAAAUCAGGGAUGAUUCAUGGAGGAGAGAAGAACAAGGGAGAGGGGGGGUGGGGGGGAUGAUGAAAGGUAUUGGGAUGCAUCCAGCGUCAAUAUGCUGCUUUUUGUGUAGCCUUCAAAGUAACGCAAAUGGAUAUGGGAAGAGAGAUCUCCCUUUUUUUGUUUCGUAUUAACUUCCCCUUCAUUGUAUUCUUGAAACUGGAGACUUGAAAACACUGCAGCUCCAGGCACUUUGCCCACAACCUCUUUUUCAAAAUCAGACUUGCGUUUGGGCUCCGAACCAAUAUCUGGCUCCGCAUUAGAGGUUGAAGGCAGAAUACAAAACUGAUUCUGUACCUUCAGAGUGUUUUAUUUUCAGCGCUCCAGUUUCAAGUGACCAUCGGACCCUUGUACCUGAGCAGUGUGUGAAAGACAAACUAAAUCCUUUCACUGAAAUGAUUCCAGGAAUUGACGCCGUGAAGCUAUACUCAAAUAUUUUAUGUCUCAUCACUAUGUAUAUCUGAUGUCUUAACAGCGUUUCCUUUGUGUCAAUGAAGCAACCCAGGUGUCGCUAACAUCCUCAUUUUUUUUCUUUUUGUUAUUUUUAUUUUUUUUUAAAGAUGUGUUAAAAAGAGUGUGAUAGAGACUUUUUUUCAGAUUGGUGUGCAGUCUGUCUCUGGCUCCUUCUGUAUGCAUCAUUCUGGGUUUGUUUCUUAUGAUUGCAAAAAUGAAUCAUCAAGCCACCAAUUAAAAUAUUUCAUUUUUACAGACCUGA